AUGGAACGUGAAAGUUCAACUGAACAAAAAGAAAAAAGACAGGACGAGGUUGAUGACGCGGCUACUUUCAGUGGAGCUUCCACAUCACGCCUAGCAUCGACUCCGAUCGAGAAAAAUCUUUCGGACAGCAGCAGUGACUCUCCAGAAAAGGGCGCCGAAAUCAAACAAAAGCGAACGCCAGCCGAGGAAGAGACGAGUCACGGUGAAGAAUAUGGAAAAAGCACUUAUGGAGAGCUUCUAAACAUUUUCGGAAGACGUGAGAUUAAGAGCGAACUGGAUAGACAUCUUGCCUCAGUACCGACAGGCUCGAAGAAGACACCGCAGAGUGACCCCGUGGUGUAUGUCGAGAAAAAUGGAAAAUUUCGGACGAUGAAGAAAAACGUGUUCGAAAGAGAGGAGGUUGGAGUGAAGAAGGCAAGAGAGAACAUCUUCUCGUCUGUGGUCAGCUUCAUCUCGUCCAAGCACCCGGAUGUAGGGGUGGCGUAUUCGUUCCAGAACAAUUUCCAUAACGUUUCGAUGAUUAUGCAAGUGCAUGUAGUAUUCCUUAUUUGUUUCACUAUUGGCAGUGUGGCAGCAAUUGAUAGGACUGGAUUUUAUGGAUGGAAAAUUUCGGAGCUCAAAAAAACCUUGUCAAAUGGCGGUGUUGUCGGUAUCAUUCUGUGGGGCGUUGGACUUAUUGCCAGUUCGGCUUGUAUACAAUUUGACGAAGCACUCGCCCCUAUCGUGGGUGAAGUCGUGCUUAGUCCAGAGCUGUUACUCUUCUGGAGGAUUUGCAGUGCGGUUAGAGCGGUCUGUGCGAGUGCUGCUUGGCUUCUGUUGGCUCUCAAACCGGACUGCAAUGUGUUGGGAGAUACCAUCAAAAGGACUGCAGUGGAUGAGAUGAUCCAACGCAAUGUUGACCUUCUGGAGGAAGUUCCCUCAGAGUUCAGAAAACAAGUCGCAAAAAUGAUCAGUAUUCCGAACUAA